AUGCAUAUAGUGCCCGAGCAUUCUGCACGAGUAUUCCUUAAUACAUACAGCGCACGAGUAUUCGUUAGUACAUACAGCGCACGAGCAUUCGUUAAUACAUAUAGUGCACGAGUAUUCCUUAAUACAUAUAGUGCACGAGUAUUCCUUAAUACAUACAGCGCACGAGUAUUCGUUAGUACAUACAGCGCACGAGUAUUCGUUAAUACAUAUAGCGCACGAGUAUUCCUUAAUACAUACAGCGCACGAGUAUUCGUUAUAUUCCUUAAUACAUACAGCGCACGAGUAUUCGUUAGUACGUACAGCGCACGAGCAUUCGUUAAUACAUAUAGUGCACGAGCAUUCGUUAAUACAUACAGCGCACGAGCAUUCGUUAAUACAUAUAGUGCACGAGUAUUCCUUAAUACAUACAGCGCACGAGCAUUCGUUAGUACAUAUAGCGCACGAGUAUUCGUUAGGGCCUCCAAGAAAGCUGGGUCCACGUCCCGAGGCUGGGUACGUUGGUGCUCAGUGCGUAUGUGA